AUGAAGUAUCUUGGUCAGCUCCGCUACUUUCUCGAACUUGAGAUUUUUGACGCUCCAGAUGGCAUAUAUCUAUCUCAGACGAAAUAUGCCUCUGAUCUCAUAUCUCGUUCCGGUAUGACUGAUAGCCAGAGUGCAUCCACCCCUCUCAAGGGGAACUGCCGACUUACUCAUUUCGACGACACUCCACUAGAGGAUCCCUCCCGUUAUCAACAGUUGGUGGAAUCCCUGAUCUACUUGACGGUCACUCACCCUGACAUAGCUCAUGUGGUCCAUAUUGUUAGUCAAUUCAUGGCUAAUCAACGGACAAUGCACUAUGUUGUUGUGUUACGCAUACUUCGUUAUGUCAAGGGAACAAUCUUACAUGGUCUUCAUUUUUCUGCUGACUCUCCAUUGGUUCUUGUUGGUUUCUUUGAUGCUGAUUGGGCAGAUAUUGUUCAUCUAUCUCAUGUCUCUUCCGAGAAUCAUACUGCGGAUAUUUUCACUAAGUCCCUCUUCCCAAGCCGGUUCUCCACAUUGUUGAGCAAUCUCAAGUUGGUUUCUACUUUACCAUCUUGA